ACACUCUGGGUUUUUCUCCUGAAAUGUUGUGGUCAAAUGGUGGAGGAGGACCACGUGAGCCGAGCAGUGCACCAUCACCAGACCAUCAUCGUGCAAUGCAUUCUGUACCACCAAUUGUGGCAUCUGAAAUGCAACAAUUGAUUGAUGAAAUGCGUCUCCAAGAUUUCGACUCCAUCAGAUUUGCCACGUAUCGAGCCGCCUGUAAACUGCGAUUUAUUCAACAAAAGACGAAAGUUCAUUUGGUAGAUAUUUGGAAUAUGAUUGAAGCUUUUCGAGAAAACGGACUCAAUGCAUUACCCCUACAUACUGUGAUCAAAACGUCACGCGCCGAGCUUCUGCUAACUACAGUAUUCCACAAUUUGAAUAAAAGACUUGUAGCGUCACAACAUGUGGACACGGAUGUAUCGAUUUCUUUGCUACUCGCGUUUUUGUUAGGUGCUUAUGAUAAACAAAAUACCGGACGUUUGACGGUUUUUUCAAUAAAAGUCGCGUUGGCAACACUCUGCGCUGGAAAAUUGGUGGACAAGCUGAGAUACAUUUUCUCUCAAAUCGCUGAUUCGAAUGGAUUAAUGGAUCAUAUUAAAUUUACUGAUUUUUUGCAACAAAUCCUCUCCCUAACCACUGCAGUUUUCGAAGCACCGACGUUUGGAUUUUCCGAAAACGCGGUUAAUCAGUGCUUUCAUAAGGAUGAGAAAGUAUCUUUGAAUGUGUUUCUGGACACUUUUUUGAGCGAUCCAUGUCCCCCAUGCAUAAUGUGGCUCCCCUUGCUACAUCGAAUGGCGUCUGUGAGCAACGUGUACCAUCCGGUGGUGUGUGAUGCGUGUCAAGUCAGAAGUUUCACAGGAUUUCGGUAUAAAUGUCAGCGAUGCGCCAAUUAUCAGUUGUGUCAAAGCUGUUUUUGGCGGGGAAGGACGAGUCAAAAUCAUUCAAAUGAGCACGAGAUGAAAGAAUAUUCCAGCUAUAAAUCGCCGACAAAACAGCUCGUACACUCAAUUCACAAAAGUCUCCAAUGUAUUCCUGCCACGUCAACCGUCGGCGAUGCAAACAUCGAUAUUUUUAACGCAAAAAUCGGUGGCCCGGUCAGCAGCAAACCUGCUCGACCGCUAAACCUGAACAACAUCGUCCCGGCGACACCGACGACGAUCCGCCGGCAACACGCUGCCACGUCAUCAGCGGACUGGCCGACGUCACCGGUACUUCUGCCGGGACAGGCGUCGCAUGGAGGAGUUAUUGAUGAUGAGCAUAAGCUUAUUGCGAGAUAUGCAGCAAAGUUGUCGGGAAGGGCUGAUUAUCCCCUAUCAAACGGUCGAAGUAUGAAUAGUUCAAUGGUCGGAGACGAACGGACCCUUAUUGCUCAACUGGAAGAAGAAAAUUCAAUGAUGGUACGGGAAAUGGCUCGACUGGAGAGCCAAACAACUUCCGAUGACGGGCUCGCCGGGCUCCGCGACCGGAAAAUGGAAUUGGAAGAGAAAAUGUUUGAAAUGCAACAGAGGAGGAGAGAAUUAAUGAUGCAAUUGGAGCAUUUAAUGGCUCAGUUGAAUACGGGACCCCAACCAUCAGGAGGUGUAUCAUCUGCUUCUCUAUCCCAAUUACCAUUCACUGCAUCGGAUCAACAGUUGACUGGAGUCAAUUCGACAGUAGCAAAUGCAUUCCGUGCGGGAAGUCUGCCGGCGACAAGUCUACAAGGAGACUUAUUACAUGCUGCUGAUCAAAUUACUACUAAUAUGAGCGAUCUUGUGCGGCAACUUGAUUUGGCUCAAUCAGACGAAAAUGGCGUAACAAUCAAUGGCUUCUGAAAAACCUCGAAUUCCUCCAGAUUAAUCUCAAAAAAUUGCAACUCUCAUAUCGGGUCGCCAUCGUCCAAAUUGGCUCCGAGCUCAAUUUCCAUUGUUUUUUUUUGUAAAUUUUUUAGGCAACAAUUUUCAUUGCGAAAAUUUUUUUUGAAAAAAUAUGAAUAUGAUAAAUAAUCAAAA